ACUAUCGGCAGGUGCCAACGCACAGCACUGUUCCGAUGAGCCUCAAUCAUAACACGCUGCUUUCUGUCUGAUUGAUAGACGUCAUGUUUUACACCGAGAUAAGGCACGGAAGGAGUACAUCGCCCAAUGUUUUUGGAGUUCAGCAAAGGUCAGCAAACCUACUGUGACAUAAAAGCGGUAUAGACCAAAGAAGAAAAGAAUGGUGGCGAAAUGUUUUCCGAAAGACGCUGCUCGUGUGGAUGUUGUGAGCGGAAAACAAAGUUUUUUGAGAAACAAAAACUGAGCAGUCGAACGAGUAGUCACUAGAAGAAGUUAACGAAUACAACGUACAGAUAUUUGUCGUACUUAUUAUUUUUUCUAGUUUACAGAUGUAGAAAAUGAAACUACACAGAGUCUCAAGUGCAUAAGCUUUGGCGGAUUGAUGACUUGCUGACAUUUCGCCGCGAGCCGAGCGCGAGUCUAGCGCAAGCUUCUCCGGACAGUCAUGAUGAGAAAAACGAGAAGAGGUCGCGUUGGGAUGUUUCUGGCCACCUCCAUCGGAUCUAUCUUCAUCGUUAUAUUCUACUUUCAAAACUUGGCACCAGCUGCAGAGUAUAGUAUAAAUAGGCAAGGGGUGUCUGGAAGAGGCCCAUUGCAGACCGUGUACAAAACAACUGACCAGCCCAAGUCUUUGGCGGAGCAGGAGGCUCACCGCGAGCGCCGAGAGCUGCUGCAAAAGGUGUGUCACUCCCACAUGAAGAAGCGGCGUGUGCUUUCCCCAGAGGACCUCAAACACCUCAUCGUGGAUGACCAGCAUAGGCUGCUCUAUUGCUAUGUGCCCAAGGUCGCCUGCACCAACUGGAAGCGUGUCCUGAUGGUGCUAACUGGGGAGGGGCGCUACACCGAUCCCCUGAAGAUUCCUGCCAAUGAGGCCCACAUUCCCAGCAAUCUGCGGACGCUUUCUGAAUACCCCAUAAAAGAGAUCAACAAACGCCUACGCAGCUACCUUAAGUUCAUCUUUGUGCGGGAGCCUUUUGAGCGCCUGGUGUCUGCCUAUCGAAAUAAAUUCACCCGUAGCUACAACAAGGCCUUCCACAAACGCUAUGGUACCAGAAUCAUUCGCCGGCACCGACCCAACCCACAGCCAGAAGCCCUGGAACGAGGCGAUGAUGUCUCCUUUGAGGAGUUUGUGUACUAUCUGGUGGACCCGCGUACCCAGCGAGAGGAGCCCUUCAAUGAGCAUUGGGAGCGAAUCCACUCACUCUGCCAUCCCUGCCUCAUUCACUACGAUGUGGUGGGGAAGUAUGAGACAUUGGAGCAGGACUCAAAUUAUGUGCUGAGGCAGGCUGGCACAGGAGACGAGGUGCACUUCCCCACUCUUGGCAAGAACACAAGAACUACAGAGGACAUGACAGCCCAGUUCUUUCAAAACAUCAGCCCCUUCUAUCAGAAAAAGCUUUACAACCUCUAUAGAAUGGACUUCUUGCUGUUCAACUAUACCACUCCAUCAUACUUGACGUUUAUAUGAGUAUGUUCUUGCAAAUUUGUAUUUAAUAAUUAUACUGUGAGCUACACUAUAUGGCCAAAAGUAUGUGGAUACUCAAAUUAUUUUCUUAAAUAAUCCACAGGUGUAUAAUUAAGGUCAUAGUCACACAAUUUCUCACAACAAACAUUAGCAGCAGGAUGAGUGGUUGUAUAGAAGAGGUUAGUGACUUUCCACCAAGUUACAAUAGUUAGCUACAUUUCUGCCCUGGUAGAGCUACCUUGGUCAACUGCAAAUGAAGUGAUAGUGAAGGUAAAACAUUUGGGAGCAAGUUCAUUAGUGAAGUGGUCGGUCACACAAAGUCACAGAAAGGGACCAGAUCACCCAGCGUCAAUACCCAACCUGGAUGGCAGCACAUCCCACCAGCAAUGUUCUAACACCUAAUGAAAGCUUUCCAUUAGAGUGGAGGCUAUUAUAGCAGCAAUGGGCCGAUAAACUUCAUAUCGAGACCUUUGGUUUCAGAAUGAGAUGCUGGAAAAGCUGGUAUCCACAUACUUUUGGCUAUAUAGUGUAUAUUAUUAUGUGACCUAUAUUGUUAUAAUACUGAAACAUUAUGCCAAAGUCUUCAGUUGACCAGCAUAGCAAUUAACUCUAAUCUAAAGUGAAUGUGUUGUUGCUUUCAUUGGUUCCCAGUUUGUCAGUAAUGACUUAUCCACUCAAGCUUAUUGUGAUCAGAGUCCAGUGCUGGGAAGUUUAGGAUCUCAACAUGACUGAGCGAGGUACUCACUCAUCUGGACAUACCCAUAAUUCUGUUACCUCCAUUCUACAGUAUUGGGGGGGGGGGCAGAUACUCCUUCACAUGACUACUAAUGCUUAUAGGUGUCAGUAUUGGUUUUCUAAUGGGUUACUUCGCACUUUCUUUUAUGAGAGAAUGCUAAUACAUUCAAGGCUAAGUAUUGUCAGAGGCAGAUAAAACCCCCUUUUUUAUCCAUAAUGGUGAGUGCUAUUCAUAGGAGAGAUAUGUGGGGUGUCAUGAGACCCACUUGGCAUGUCAUAAUACAGUUAUUUCAUUGAUAUUUUACUGGGGCUGUGGGGUGCAAAAAUGUCUGCCAUAAGACAGACAAUAGCAUGCUGCAUCCACAAAGUACUUUGUACUUUUAGCAGAGAGUUCUUGGAACUGUAACUGUUUCAGCAAUGUCUGUGAAAGGUGUUUUAUGAGCAUAAUGGGCAGAAAUGCAAGAAUUGUGGUCAGGAGCAGCCUGGCAGCAUCUUUUCUGUAGCUCUUAGAACUUUCGGUCAAACUAACCACAUAGUCAGAUCUCACAUGGCUCAAAUAGCUCAGUGUAGGAGAUGUUAUGAAACUGUGAAUUAAAAUUGAAAUGUGCGCUAGCCAACAGUACAAAAAUAUGUCCAGACCAGGAGAACAACUUGAGAGAACAAAAGGAAAAAAAUAAUUUAUAUGUCAUGUUCGCUUUUGUUGGGCAGAAAAGAAAAAUAGGUACUGGACUAUAGAGAUACUGGCAUAGAUGGAGGUCAGCUUGCAUAGUGACUGACUUGGCAAAGGGAAUACAGCAGUAUCAGUGUACUGUGUCCAAUGCACCACUGUGGUGUUUUUCUGCAAUAAAACGGAAAAGCUUGGAAAGAGA